UGUGGGAGGAAAAAGGGUAAAUGCUGGGAACUGAGUCAGCAGCUGCACCGGUGCCAGUCUACCAGUCUGCAGCUCCCCUCAACUUCCGUGGAUCGCCUUCAGCUCCAUAAACUCUAACAAUGGACUUUUUUGCUUUACAAUAAGUCGCGUCUUUUUGAAAAGAGGAAAGAAAAAGCCGAGGAGGUCGGACCGUCCCGAGUCGCUGAGUGAUCUUUUCCCUCGAGGCUUCAUGUCCGUAAGAGCUUCAGGCAUGAGUGUCCUUCCUCCGGUUCGUCGGGACCGAAUCAUCGCUCAGCUGCCUCAGGCCUUCAGGAAAGAGGCCGCUUUCCACACUAAGGACGAUUUCAACAAUAAGGUGAAGACCGCCUGCCAGGAGCAGCGGACCGGCACCGUGGGCAGAUUCAAAAUCUCGAAGGUCAUCGUGGUGGGGGAUCUGGCUGUGGGGAAAACCUGCCUGAUUAAUAGAUUUUGCAAGGACGCCUUCGAUAAGAACUACAAGGCCACGAUCGGUGUUGACUUUGAGAUGGAGCGCUUCGAGGUGCUGGGCGUCCCCUUCAGCCUGCAGCUGUGGGACACUGCAGGCCAAGAGAGGUUCAAGUGCAUCGCUUCUACCUACUACAGAGGAGCCCAGGUUGUGAUUAUCGUGUUUGAUUUAAACGAUAUUGCCUCCUUGGGCCACACAAGGCAGUGGCUGGAAGACGCCCUGAAAGAGAACGACCCCACCAGCGUUCAGCUGUUCCUCGUCGGCACAAAGAAAGACCUGAGCUCUCCUGCUCAGUAUUCUCGGAUUGAACAAGACGCCAUCAAACUAGCGAACGAGAUCCGAGCGGAGUAUUGGGCCGUUUCUUCUCUGACAGGUGAAAACGUGAGAGAGUUUUUCUUUCGAGUUGCGUCGUUGGCGUUUGAGGUCAACGUCCUGGCCGAGCUGGAGAAAAGUGGAACGAGGCAAAUCGGAGACGUCGUCAGAAUUAACAGCACUUCAAACAAUCUGCACACCACCUCCAAGAAGAAACAGCCCAACUGCUGCCAGUGAGGAUGGGAGCAGGAGUUUAAAAGACUAAAAACAAGGAUUCCUCAGCAGAAAAUACCCGUCCAGCUGAGAGGGAAGGAUUUCUGUGGGUCGACGCUGACGAGUCACUUCUUGACUUUGCUUAGAAUUCAGUUUUUCCUGACCUGGAAAGACUUUUCUCUCUGUUGGGAUGUGUGUUGCUCAGUAUAACUUGUCUGGAGUUACAGGGCGACAGGUGCUGUCGAGACGCCAAAGAAUGACGCUUUCUUUACUUAGAGCUUGAAUUAAAUCUUUGCUGCUGUAGUUUGUUUUACAAUCAAGUUAUAUAUAUUUUUUUCUUCACAAUAAUAUUCUGUAUCAAAUGACUGACUUACAUGGUACUUUGCAUCUUUUCUUAAUGCUGUAGAUCAGAAGUUCAACAUUUUUGACCUUUGACCCCUUAGAUCGAAGCUGUAUCUACUUCUAAAUUGUUUUUCUCUCUUGUUGUCCAUCUUGUGACCCUUCUGAGGUCCCCGAUCCACAGAUUGAGAACCACAUUUGUAACGUAGAUGCUUCACGGUACUUUUUUAAUGUUUACAAUCUAAUCAGUGACUGAAUCUGAAAACUCUAGUAGUGUCUCAGUGAGUGAAUAUUCACCAUUUAUUGUAAUUUAGUGUUUUACAUGUCACGCAUUUAUAUGUAUAUAUUAAAAAAAGAGAAAAUAAA